AAGUGUCGGGGCUUUUCUUCUUUCCACGGUUUGCAAGGAUCUCUGGUUUUUGCAAAACAGUUCCGAGAAAACAAUGGCCAACUUCUCCUUAUGGGCAACUUUUGGAUUAUGUUUGCUGAAGCUUUGUCUAACAGAAACACAGUUCAAUGUAAGUUGCAGAUAUGGAGGAGUUUUUCAUGUUGAGAAAAACGGUCGCUACAGUCUCACACGAUCUGAAGCAGUUGAACUCUGCAGAGCUCUCAAUAGUACCUUGUCAACACUAGAGCAGCUGAAGAAAGCUCAUGAACUUGGAUUUGAAACUUGCAGGUACGGGUUUGUAGUGGGGCAUAUUGUUAUCCCACGAAUCAAUCCCUAUCAUCUUUGUGCAGCAAAUCAUACUGGCAUUUACAAACUUUCAGCAAACACAACUGGUCGGUAUGAUGCAUACUGUUACAAUGCCACAGAAACAAGAGACAAAGCGUGUGAGCCAAUUGAAAGACUAGAUACUUCUUUCCUCAACAAUCAGGGUGAAAUAGUCAUUGACAAUGCAGAUGGCUCACGUUAUAAUGUAGAUGGCACGCGUCAUAGUGGAGAGUCCUCAACCUCAGGUGCGGAUGAUGAAAAUGCAGGUAGCGGAUCAACACAUGACACAACUCCCAUGGAUACCUCCAUCAGGAGAUCCAGCCCCUCAUAUUAUGGAAGUGCUACUCCAGUCUCACAGCUGCCAGAUCAUUCUUCUGGAGGGGGUGAAAAAGAAAUUCCUAGAAAACAUUCUGAUUAUGAAGUUACUCCUGUAUCGCCUGACAUCUCUUCGAUGACGCCAGCUGAUGAUUCUCCUGAAAAAGAUGGUGGACAGUAUCCUGCGAGUACUAGAUCUACCUCCAGUAUAUAUGGUAAUCAAGGACCACACAAGGGACAUUACGAAUAUACUACUUUUCCUGGAGAGACCACAACAACAAAAAUAGUUUCACAACCAAGGUCAGCCCAGGUACCAGAAUGGCUGAUCAUAGUUGCCGCUCUUGUGGCACUUGCAUUGAUUCUUGCAGUGUGCAUUGCUGUUAACAGUCGGAGAAGAUGUGGGCAGAAGAAAAAGUUAGUGAUUAACAAUGGCAAAGGGGCAGUGGAGGAUAGGAAGACAAGUGGAUUAAAUGGAGAUGCCAGCAAAUCACAAGAAAUGGUGCACUUGGUUCAUAAAGAACAGUCAAAUGACCAAACAGGACCAUGUGACGAAUUCCUGACUGUUAAUGAAACACAGAAUCAUCAGGAGCUUGACAUGAAGAGUGGAGUGUAACGGUACCAAGAUGCCAAGUAGAUCAGAGCUGGGGAAAUCAAAAUCACAUGGAACUUGGACAGGAAUUCAUAGAUGCACUGUGCUACUGAUGUCUUUUGACCAUAAUUAAACAUAAGUUUUAUUCAUUUUUAAUCACUUUAAAACGAUGUCUGAGUUACAAAAUUGACAUUCGCUUUCUGAAAUAAGCCCCCAAGAGUUGCAUAAUGUUUUCAGUUCCCAGUUCCUACACAGAGGACACUCACUGUGUCCUGGGUGUCAGGAGGGAUGCAAGUUUACAUCAUUGUUCCCCAGAUGGAGGGUCUUCACUGUGUGGACUUACAGAAGUAUCCAGUCACUCUAUCUCACAGGCAUUUAAGGUACUAAACUUGCCAAUGGUACAAGAGUAAGUGAGGAACAAAUGUCAAGAGCAAAAAAUCAAGUUUAAACCAAAAAGACCUCCUAUGCAAUAUCUAAAACACCAGAAUCCUUCAGAAACGCCUUCCAAUCAGGAAGAGCAGUAGGUGCAUUCGGAGUCUGCCAGUAUAAACCACCAUAAUGAUUUAUGGCUUGGUCUGCAAUGACGGAAACCCAGAAGGACAAAAUUUAUUUAUCUCUAUUUUUAAAUGUCUAUGGGCAUACAGCAAAUCUUCUUGGGAGGGGGAAUAAAGAGAUGAAAACGAGGUGAUACAUAAUAAACUUCUAUACUUUAUUAUCCUAACAAUCUGUACAGUUAUCCUUGAGUUUUUGAGUUGUUCAUUGCUCUUCCCCCUCCCUCCUUCAUUGGUCAUAGUUUGUGCAUGUUUUCAAUGAGUCUGUUAGGAUAAUGACUAAAACAGAAUGACUCCAGCUCUAUCACACAUGCACAAAUCAAGCAAUUUGAGAUUAUUAGGGAAGACGACAGUAUUUUAUUCCUGACGAAUAGGUCUCUAUCUUCUGCUCCAUUUUACUUAGGAGAUGCUGAGCCUAGUAAAACUUGUUUCCCCUAUAACUAUUAUGUUACACCACUUUGCUGAUUUUUUAACAGUUGCCCUUCUAUGAUCUUGCUCACUUCCUCUGGAUUCUAUUUAUUUCAGCCACGGUUUUCCCUCUGCUUUUUAAAAAUACAAAAGAAACGUUGCUUGCUAAUUGGUACCAGAAGUUCAAAUUCUACAGAAAAGAUUGAAGAAAAUUAAAGGAAACUCUCCCAGCCAUGUAAUAUAGUAAAGUAGCUGCAGCCGCAUUGUUAUAUGCUUUUGUUUUGUGCUUAUGUGUCUCUUACGUAAAGUAUUUGUAUUAAGCUAUGAUGCUGUGCAUUAUAUUGAUAUGAAUUAUCAGAAAGAAAAUUAUUUACUACCGGUGGUCUGUGCCAUUUUUAAGAAAGUGUAUUGGAAUGGAGGGAGAAUGAAAACUUCUAACUGGGCUGCCUCAAGAAAAUGCAAGUAAAAACAAUCUAAGGUAAUUGCAACCAGUGGUCUGUCAGCUGUGGGAUGGGGAACAUCCUGCAGCAGGGUUGAGUGUUCUGUUCACCGACCAUAGCACCUGUCUUUGAAACCGUUCUGCUAAAGCAUGUUAUUUUAUGUUCUCCAUCUGAAGCAAUCUGGAGGACGAGUAUUCAGCUGGCUAAAUACUAACAUUAGCUAGUACUGAUCUUUACUGGAACAUAAAGCACAAGACUAUUGAUUAUAUUUCUCAGUCACAGCCCUCCAGCAGUUUCCCAUGUGUUCUACUGAGUUGCUCAGUGCCCUGGUAUCUGCAGGCAGAUCUCUUCAGGAGCAAUUUACGCCUGGGCAAAAGGUCCCAAGAUGAGGUGUGAUUUUAAAGUACGCAUAGGAUGUUUCCUGACUUUAUGUAGGUCAGUGUGUUUCACCUAUGAACAGUCACACAGCUUGUGGUCCAAAGGUGUUCAAGCAAGCUGAAGCGAAUGGGGUCAAGGUGAUUUACACUAUCAGUACUUGUGGUCCACUGUCAAACGUCUCAGUCCUUUCAUGUAUUAUAAUACUGAACUGUGCAGUAGGAAAUCUGUUGACUCUGUGCAUUGAUUUUUGUUUAAUUCCUGUAAUGUUUUUAAGCAAGCUUUUCUAUUUGUCAUUAUAAAUCAAAAUGAUCUGUUGAAGGCUGUGUUUAAACUGGUGUUAUGUACUCAUUUCACUAAGUAUGGAGAUCCAGAGUAAGAAUUAUUCCUCUCUUUAAAUCCUAGUUGAUAGGUCUCAAUCAAAAGGAGCUAUUUCAUUCUCUUGAAAGCUAAAUUUUUCUUUAAAAAAAAGAAAAACACUGGGGCAUGUUAUUCAUCUUCCUAUUCAGAUGUUUAAUGGAGAAAUCCACAAACUCCUUCCUAAUUUAUCUGAUGUUCAGUAGCUAUAAAUGCACAGACAACACUGGUUGGCUUCUUUUUAUAUUUUUAAAUAGGGAGAUGCU